AUGCACAAAGUACCUCAAGCAAAUAAAGAAGCUGAACAAGAAACAGAAACCGAAAAACUGGAUGAGGUAUUUGAUAGUGAAGGAGAACUAGUUAUAGAACAGGUAGACACCAUUGAUGUUGAUGCUUUGGAUGUUGAAAAUAUCACUCCAAACACAGAAAAGGAAAAGGCUAAUAAGGAAAAAGUAGACAAGGUGAAAUAUGACAAAGAAAAAGAAGACAAGGAGAAUUUGGACAAGAGUCAUUGGGCGAAAUCUUGCCUGCUCAAGAAGAGUAAGAGUGGUAAGAGUGAUAGUAGUUCAGAGCAGAAAUGGCAAACAAAAGGGAAGAGAGAAGACCCAUCUGUAGAGUGUGUUCCUGAUAAGAAAGUUAUUGAGUUGGAAAAUGAGGGAAAGAAGGAUAUGAAUAGUAAUAAUGAAAAAUCUAUUUGUGCCUGCUCUAACAAUAAAAUAGAAAGAAUCAAAGAGGAAGAGCAAAGGAUAGAUGUAAAUGCUCAAAAAUCUGAAUUAGAGGACCAAAAGGGAGGGCCUAUCAUUCAGGAUAAAGUUGAUGAGAGUUCCAAUGAUGAUGUAUUUGCCUCAUCUAAUACAAAAGAAAAUGGGGGAGACUUUAAUGAAGUGCAGAACUAUAACAUUUCAGAUUUUGAGCCUUUUUUGUUAUUAACCAAAGGAAGCCCUAAGCCGACUCAAUGCAAAACCCCAUCUAAUAGUUUGGAAAUGGUAGCUCUAGAGGGAAAUCUUAGGAUUCUCAGUACUAAUGAAGGAAAAUCAAAUAAUGGAGGACCCAAUGGAGGCAUUUCAACUAGAAGAAAGAAUAAGAAAAUGUCAGAUGUUGGAAGCCACAACAAAAAGUAG